GUGAUGAUCUACGAAGACGGCUAUUGCGACGGACCGCCCGUGCAACUCGUAGUUACGAACCAAUGGGCCUGCUCGGCGCCGCCAAAAUGCGGUUGUAGCGCAACGUCGAACGGGUCUACCACGGUAUACCAAGACUACACUUGCAUCGACGAUGUGGCUGCGUUCACGGCUUCUCAGUUCGGGAGUGCGCCGUAUUUGGUGGUGGAACACUACGUCGAAGGAACGAGGUGCAGCACGCAACAAGGCGCGGUGGUUUUCAGAGCCGAUGGGGAGUGCUACUACAAUGCUGCUGGUGGCACAAGCUUCAGAAUC